AUGACUGAGACAAGUGUUACUUCAAGUGGGGGUGAGGGAGGCAAGACGGACAAAGACCAGCAGCAUGGUGCACCGCCCGGUAUUCUUGUCUCUCAAACCUCUUCUGCCCUCUUCUCUGCUGCGUUGCGUGAUGCCGCCCGUUCUACUCUUGGUAAUGAAGGUGAGACUCCUUCAUUAUCCCUGGCUGAGCUAGUCGCUCUAUCUCCUGUGAAAGUUUGUGAAGAACUUUUAGGUUUCUCCAUCCAUUCUCCUGCCUUAGAAAAUCUUUUUUUCAUUGGCACUAAUGGAUCGAAGCUUGGCGUCAGCCUUUCUGGCUUCAGCUCUGCAUGGAAUCUACCUCCUCAUCAUGAGGCCUAUUAUGAUGCUACGUUGUGGAAUGCCAUUAAGCCUAAGACCGGAACUGUCAGUCCACGUUUCACGUAUGAGCGCUUUACGCGAACAUUGUCUCUAUCCGUUUCCGAGUGUGUUGGAAACACUGCUCCGAUUCGUCUAUAUGCUUACUGUGGGUUCCUGCCAAGACCUAUUGCCGAUACCAUCAAGACUGCCCUUCUCUCCAAAGUUUCUCCCGAUGGAACUGCAGUGGAUGGUAACUCUGAUGUUCUGGUGCGGCGUCAGAUUCAGAAGAUCACCUUUAAGCCCAAAGAUGAGAUUCCAGCGGAUGAACUCCGCGUUCUUUACCAACGUUAUGUUGAUAGUUGCCAAGGUAUCCUCAACAAGGCUGAUGCUCAACUCAAGGAGGUCCAAGAACUCGAGUUGCCUAAUCUUAGGCAUCCUCUUAACCUUUUGAAGCAAUGGGCAUCUCUACCACAAGCUAUCGAGCACGGCGAUAGUCUGGUUCGUACACUCGAGCGAGAGAGGCGCAUCCAGUCUAGGUUGGCAUCCCAUCCAUCUGGUGUGAUCCUUACCUGGGCAACGAGGCGUCUCUUCUACGGUGCUCUCCUCCGUGCGACUCCUCUUUUUCAUGAUUCUGAUAUUGGUUUUUGCUGA